GUUUUGAUGAUGGCUGAGGACCCAGAAGGGGAAGAGGGCGGGGAGGCGUGUACCGUUGAUUGGGACACGUUCGGGAACAUUGGGGGGAAGGAGAAGAAGAGUGGCACCACAGCCCGAGGUAAGAGGAGGCGAAAGAGGGGCAACACUUCCCGAAAGGGGAAGGAGGAGGAGGAGGAGCAGCAGCAGGAGGAGGAGGAGGAGGAGGAGGAGGAGGAGGAGGAGGAGGAGGAGGAGGAGGAGGAGGAGGAGGAGGAGGAGGAGGAGGAGGAGGAGGAGGAGGAGAAGGAGGAGGAGGAGGAGGAGGAGGAGGAGGAGGAGGAGGAGGAGGAGGAGGAGGAGGAGGAGGAGGAGGAGGAGGAGGAGGAGGAGGAGGAGGAGGAGGAGGAGGAGGAGGAGGAGGAGGAGGAGGAGAAGGAGGAGGAGGAGGAGGCAGAGGUUGAUGGCGACAGCAGUGGACCCGACGGGCAAGUCAAGAGGGCCAAGGGGGGAUCCCCAUGGGACUGCAGGGACGGCGAGAGUGGGGAGGAGGAGGAGGAGCAGGGGGAGGAGGACGACGAGGAGGAGCAGGGCUAGGCGUACUCCGCCAGGCGCCCCGCCUCCCGAAGAUACCGCUUCUGCGUGCCGCCUCCUCCCCCUCGCCCCUCCUUACUCUCCUGCCCCCCCAAUGGCGCAUUAGCUCAUGAACAUGCAGAUAAGAAUGACAUGGGUGAACAAGACUAGUCACCUACGAGCUGCUUGAAAUGAUAGACCAUCGUGAAACGAGAUCCUCAGCAUAGGGCACACUAAGAACGACCAUGGUAAUCGAAGCCUGUGGGAGAGGAAGGAGCUGCUCACUAGGGGGCGCGAAGGCGAGAAUGGGAGCUGAAACUGAUGCAGAUAGAACUGCCGAGGGCUAUUAUUGUAAGUAACGUCUA